AUUAACUGGUUACUGCAUCCUCUCUCUCUCAGAGGAAGUGGGCGUCACAUUCAGCACCUCAUGUUGAACAUGUAACCAGGAAAGAAACACUCAAAACUCAUCUGAACACACAUCGAGAGCUUCAGAAGAACUGAAUCUACUGACAACAGAGAAGAUCAUUUAUUAAGGGAGAAGAAUGAAGAUCAUCUUGACUUUCACUCUGCUGAUGAUUCCUGGUGUCGUGAUCUCCAUGAGAGUGACGGGAUAUUCAGGAGGAGGAGUCACGAUCACAUGUGGAUAUGAUAAAUAUUAUACAGAAAAUGCAAAGUAUUUUUGUAAAGGACAGUGGUCAACAUGCACAUAUAAAAUCAAGACUAAAGAGAAAAAUAAAUGGGUUCAGGAGAAUAGAUUUUCUCUAUAUGACGACACAACAUCAGCAAUCUUCACUGUGACCAUCAGAGAUCUGAAACAAUGGGUUUCUGGGACGUACUAUUGUGGAACUGAAAGAGUUGGACCAGAUCUCUACACUGAAGUGGAUCUGAAGGUUAUAACAGAUGAUUGUUGUGUGAAGAACAUCAGUCUAUCAGCUGCUGCAGGAGGAUCUGUGAACAUCAGCUGCAAAUACCCACAAUCCCACAGUAGAGAUGUGAAGUUUCUCUGCUGGAGAUCUGGAGAUGAUCUCUGUGCUGAAGAGACGUCUGUGAAUCAGAGCAGAAGAUGGAGUCCUGAGGGAAAGAUCCGGCUGUAUGAUGACAGAGAAGAGCAGCUCCUGACGGGAAGCAUCAGUCAUGUGACUGAACAACAUUCAGAAUACUGGUGUGGAGUUCAGUCUGAUCAAGGACACAAGAGCUUCAUCACACGAGUCCUGAUCAGAGUUACAGGGACAUCAUCAUCAUCAUCAUCAUCUGCUGCUUCUUUCUCAUCAUUCCAAUCUUCUACAUCACUGGCGUCUCUGAACACAUCAUCAGGUGAUCAAUGUGCUGCUCUUCUCUUGAUCGUCCCUCUGGUUCUGGUUCUUCUGGUUCUGAUCAUCGCUGGACUCUCAUUUACUGUUUCUCUGUAA